UCUACCUAAGUAGCUCGUCGGUACGAAGCAUCGUCAUUGCUCGUUUGGCCGUCAAGAAGCCGAAGCGACAAGAAAAUAUCGCUUCGAACGCUAUCAAUGUCGAAUUCUUUUACGUAAUAAUAAUUUUUUUUUGCUGUGUGUAGCUGAAAGUAAGAAAUAUACGAGCAAAAGUGGAAAAUACGCGGACUACCUGUUGAUCCAAAGAUCUCAACGGAUUUAGUGUGUGUGUGUGUGAGUGCGCGUGUUUUUUUUUCGGUUCAUUGUUCCGUUAGCAAAGGUGCAAAGUAAAAAGCAAUCACUUUGCCGUGUUCGGUGCACGUGCAUGCAGUUUUUUUAAAAAUAUAUGAGAAACAUAUAAUAAAAACAGACCAACGAUGUUGGAGCUACCGCUUCCCACCAUACGGUCCAUCUACCGGCUAAGACAGAAGCUUUGGAUUCUGCUAAUCCUGCAAUGCGUUCACACUUGCCACAACUUCAACCUAGAACAGCGAUUGCCCAUUGUGAAGUACGGACAUCGGCACUCGCAUUUCGGCUACUCGGUAGCCACCCACACUAUUGGCGAGGCCAAUGGGCCCAACAAGACCAACUGUGUUUUAGUGGGUGCUCCACUGGAUCAAAAUCGACAGCCGAACACCACACACUCUGGCGCCCUCUGGCGGUGUCCAAUGACACAGCGUUUCGAUGACUGCGAACAAGUGAUCACCGAUGGCAGGCGAUCGAACGGAGCAUAUGAGAUUAAUAAGCCCUUCGACAGCGAAAUCCUUUCACCGCCCGGAAAUGACGAAAUCAAGGAGAACCAAUGGAUGGGCGUUACGGUGCGAUCGAAUCCCCUACAGGCCAACGGAUCCGGCGGAAAGGUGAUCGUCUGCGCCCAUCGCUAUAUGUACAUCGUGCGAGAGAAUCGUUAUGGACAGGGUCUCUGCUAUCUCCUCACGAACGAUCUGCAGUUCGAAGAGGUCCACGAGCCCUGCAAAGGACGACCAGUGCAAAGGCAACACGAGGAUUAUGGACUGUGCCAGGCGGGCACAUCGGCUGCCCUACUGGACGAUGACACCAUGGUGUUGGGUUCCCCUGGACCGUACACAUGGCGCGGGUCCAUUUGGGUGACUCAGGUGGGCGGAGAGUAUCUGCAGCGCGACAAGACGACCUACUACAGUGAUCACUCGGACUUGAAUUCGCCGGUGGACAAGUACAGCUAUCUCGGUAUGUCGGUGACCGGUGGCAGAUUCUUUGGCCACAUGUCGUAUGCGGCUGGGGCUCCACGAUCGGAGGGUCAUGGACAGGUGGUGAUCUUCGACAAGUCCACCGAUAAUCCGAUACCGGUGCACUCGAUCCUGGAUGGUGAGCAAUUCGGUUCGAGUUUUGGCUAUGAACUGGCCACCGCCGAUAUAAAUGGAGAUCACAGGCCGGAUUUAAUAGUGGCAGCUCCUUUGUACUUCACGAAAACGGAAGGUGGAGCUGUGUACGUGUACCAGAACAUCCAGGAUACGUUACCCGUGAAGUACACACUUAAGUUGACGGGACCUGUGGAGAGUCGUUUCGGCCUGGCGUUGGCCAACAUCGGAGAUCUGAACAAGGAUAACUGCGAGGAUCUGGCCGUGGGAGCACCAUACGAGGGCAAUGGCGUGGUCUACAUCUACUUGGGCUCGAGUCAGGGCCUGAAUUCCAAGCCCGCCCAGAAGAUCCUGGCCUCGGAACUGGGUGGAACCGUACCCAAUGGUCAACCGAUUCGCACCUUUGGCAUCUCUAUAUCCGGCAACACGGACUUGGAUGAUAACUCCUAUCCGGAUGUGGUAAUCGGAGCAUUUAACUCCUCGGCAGCCGUGAUACUGCUGGCCAGACCUAUCAUCAGCAUCCAGACGAGUGUACAGCGCGACGAGCUGCGCAACAUGGACCCCAAUACGCCCGGCUGCUUGGCCGAUCCGUCCAGUAAUCUCACCUGUUUCACGUUCAGAGCAUGUUGCAGCAUUGAACCGUACGAUGAGAAGAACAAGGAACUCCGGCUGGCAUAUAGCGUCGAGGCAGAAACCUUUGAUCACCUAAAGAAAUUCUCUCGGGUCUUCUUCUUCGAUCGGGACAAUAAGCGGACCAAUGUACUCAGUCGCGUGGUGAGAGUGCACACGAAUGGAAGGAUGGAAUGCCAGGCAGUCACGGGCUACAUCAAGGCCAAUACCCGGGAUAUCCAGACUCCCGUGCGCUUCCGUUUGAAGUACUCGCUGGUGGAACCACCAUUGGCCGAUUCUGCUUUGGUACGCCUCAAUCCGAUAUUGGAUCAGACCCAGGCGCAUGUCGAUUUCGACGGCACCUUCCAAAAAGACUGUGGCGAUGACGAUCUCUGUGAGAGCAACCUGGUCAUCCGGGUGGAGCCAAACAUCACUGAGUCCUCAGGCAACGAAUACACCCUGAUUCUGGAUGAAACGGAACUGGAGGUCCGCAUCAAUGUGAGCAAUCUGGCGGAUUCUGCUUACGAAGCUCAACUAUUCAUCGCCCAUCAGGCGGGGGUUUCAUAUGUGGCAACCAAGAAGCCGACGAAUGCCACGUGCAAUAGCUACAAUACCACCCUGGUUGCCUGCAGCCUUGGUAAUCCCAUGCUGCGCGACACCACCACGUUUGUGACCAUCCGAUUCCAGCCCAAAGGAUUGGAGCCAAGUGAGAAGAUCAUGCUAUUCCACAUAUUCGCAAAUACCACCUCCAAGCUGGUGGGACCCGAACGUCCCGAGCGGGAUCUUCGCGUGAAUGUGGUGCGUCGGGCAAAGCUCAACUUCCGAGGUUGGGCCAUACCCGAGCAGAGUUUCUACAGUGGAUCGAGUGUGGCUAAUUCGGUUGCAAGUACUGCCGCCACCGAGACAGAAGGACAUGGUCCGAUGGGUAUGGACGAUGUGGGCUCCCAAGUUCAUCACAUGUUCACCAUCUUCAAUGAGGGACCAUCCACGGCGCCGAAAGUACAAAUGGUCAUCCAAUGGCCAUACUCACUGUACAGUGAUCCCCAGAGCGGUCGACCGGUUCAGUAUCUGCUCUAUCUGGAGCAAGUACCCACUGUGGAAGUCAGCCAGGGCGAAUGCCAUGUGGCCAAGGAAUAUGUCAAUCCGCUGAAUUUGGCCAGCGGUUCUAGGGAAAAUCCAGCCUACUUAAGUGCUCCGGCCCAGAUGAGAAUGUUCCCCUCGCAGUCGCGUCAUUCGUUCAACAAGAGCGUGAUACACUCGCAGAGAAGCUACUUCUCCAGCAGCCACCGGGAUGAUCAUUCGGAUGACUCUCAAUCGAACCGCAAUCGAGUCCGUCGCAGUUUCCUAGAACGGGUGACGCGCCUGGAGAGGUUAAUGUACGAUCCCGAGAGUAGCAAUGCGGCGGGAUCGAAUGGCAAGAAGCAGGACAUCGUGGAGCUGGACUGCACUAAGGGCACGACAAACUGCGUCCGCAUCGAGUGCGAAAUCCUAAACAUGCCCGCCUUGUCCGAGGCCCAGGUGGUGGUCAAGGCACGCCUGUGGAACUCGACGCUGGUCAGUGAGUAUCCUCGGGUGGAAAGGGUCAGGAUUUUCUCGACAGCCACGGCCCAAAUUCCCGAGAGCUAUGGCGUCGAGGUGAUGGAUCACAAUAACAUAGAGGUGGAGACACGGGCCUAUCCGGAGUUAAGGAACCAACAGCGCGACACAUCGAUACCCUGGCUGAUUAUCAUCCUGGGCAUCGUGGGCGGUCUGCUCCUCCUUGCGCUGGUCACCUAUGUGCUGUGGAAGGUUGGCUUCUUCAAGCGCAUCCGACCCACCGAUCCGACGUUAAGCGGCAAUCUGGAGAAGAUGAACGAGGAGAAGCCCUUCCUGGCGCCAUCAAAGAAUACGCAUCACGUUUUCUAACAAGAGGGCACCGUUGGCUGGGAUUUGGUGCGCCGUCGAAGGCGUCGACGUCGUCUAAAGCUGCGACUUCCUGUUUCCGCUCAGCCACGACAUGGCUGGCAAAAGACUACGGAUAAGUCCAUUAACAACAAUAAUAACAACAACAGCAGCAACAGUAGCAACGACAGCGACGUGGACGUUCUUUCGCUGACACCACCGCCGCCACCUCUUAGCAUCCUCAGCUGGGGAAACGAUGGCUAUUACCAAGCCAGCGCCGCCUGGUGGGGUCACCACAUGUGAUCAAAUGGGUCACUGUGGAUCAAGUGGGUCAUGUAGGUCAUGUGGGUCAUGUGGGUUGUGGUUCAAUGUGCCAUUUCGUUUACUUAAUACAAAUGGGUUAAGUUCAGUUCUGUGGAUGCGAUCAGAUGGAAUUAAUAGCCCGGAUUCCGUCACUGGAAUCAGCUAAAUAUAAAUUCCAGUUCAAACCUAAUUCCCUAAAAGUAAAAAGUAUAUUUAUGCAACCCCUUUUCCAAAUGGUGCUUUUAAAACAUCUGCAACUAAAUAAAGAAUGCUAAACAAUUAAGAGUUAGACCCAAC